UUGUUGAGUCACGGAGGAGAACGGGGAGGUGGAUGGAAAGUGAAAGAUUCACUUAAACUCCAACAAUGGCGGAAACUGACAGGUAAAAAGCGGCAGUUAGGAAGGAAAAUAAAACCCGGCGCUUGAGCACGAUGUUCGGGCUAAGGGAAGCCGGUGUCCUCGGCGCCUCCGUCGCUCUCGCUGGGGGAGUCGCUUAUCUUGUCUGGAACUACGCGUCCUCCUCCGGGGAGAAGAAGCCUGAAACACGGCCGGAGAAAGACGGUAAAAGUGGCGAAGAGGAGCGAAGAGAGGAAGAAGCGGAACAAACGGUGGUCGCAGCUGAAGCUCCGGAAACAUCAGAGUCCAAGCCUGUGGAGUCCGCGGGGACACAAGUUCUGGUUCUGGGUCUGGAUGGAGCCGGUAAGACGAGCCUGCUGCACUGUUUGUCCACUGGCUGCUUGAAGCAGGACAUGCAUCCGACGCAGGGCUUCAACGCCGUCUCCAUCAACAGAGAGGACCUGCACAUCGAGUUCCUAGAAAUUGGAGGUAAAGAGGAGCUUCGGCCGUACUGGCAGAAGUACAUGUCCAGGGCGCUGCUGCUGGUUUUUGUGGUCGACUCCUCCAACCCUGAGCUUUUCCCCCGUGCUAAGAAGCAUUUACACGAGCUGCUGGCCUCCGACCCCCCGCUGCCUUUAAUGGUACUGGCCAACAAACAGGACCUUCCGGGAUCCUGCAGCAUCACCGACCUCCAUGACGCUCUGUCUCUGUCCGAGGUCGGAGACCGCAAGUUGUUCCUCAUCGGCACCCAUGUGAAGAAGAGCGCGGCAGAGCUCAGCUCCGGCGUCCUGGACGCUCGGGACCUGAUCAUCCAGAUGGUUUGCGACAGCAGAUAAAGCUCUGUUGGUGGUUGUCACUCAAUCCU